AUGAAGAGCGGUUAUCGCAUUGCGCUCUGCUUCUUGCUGCUGCUCCUCUUACCUUUAUACUUCCUAGAAGCCCAUCUUGCGGAUCUCUGCAACCAAUACCACGCAGGUGCCUACCUGGUCGACUGGCUCAGCAACACUAACUCUCAGACCCAAUGGACCGCCUACAAAGGAGAUAUCAAAGACAAGGUCAUUGUCAUGGCCAGACUCGAAGAAGAAUCAGUGGAUUGGGUCCAUGAGGAACUCCCAGACUGGCAACGAGCAAUAUACACAGUUAAUCCUUCAAAGACUACUCAAGCCGAUGACAAGCGUUUCAAGACACCAGUCAACAAAGGCCACGAGUCUAUGGCCUACCUUACCUACCUAAUAGACUACUACGACCACCUCCCGUCCACAAUCGCCUUCAUUCAUUCCCACCGCUCUGGCUUCCUGACAGCCUGGCACGUUGAUGCACCAUUACACGACAACGUCGCCGCUCUUCGGUCUUUACGGCUCGACUUUGUCCAGCGCAACGGCUACGUCAACCUCCGCUGCAAUCUCAACCCAGGCUGCGGCGAAACACAUGGGAAACACCGUAAUCCACACGUCACGGAAGCUGUCUGGAUAGAGAUCUUUGAGGGAACUAGCACUCCACCUGUAAAUUCAAGCGAAGCGAUCGGCCGCCCCAGCACACCCAGCGGAUGGGGAAGCAAUUCUAUACAUGUGCAAACGGAAUCGAGAUCCCUUCCAAUACCAACCCAGGUCGCCGCAGCAUGUUGCGCGCAGUUCGCCGUCUCACGGGAUCAAGUCCUUCAGCGUCCUCGCGAAGACUAUAUCAAGAUUCGACAUCGGUAUACUGCCCAGAUCAAGAGCUCUGUUACUGUCAGGUAUACGGGCAAUGCUAGUUUGGUUCAUUCUACAACCGUGUGGUUUCGGCAUCUUCCCCAGGAGCUGGUCUCGUCUAUUGCGUACAAUACCGCCGCACCUUACCCUAUGCUAUUGGACGUAUAA